GCGUUCGAAGCUGUCGUUAAGAAUAAUUCCGCUUACAGGCUACAUCUCUCGGCAAAUUUAAUUUAAUUUAAUAACAUUAUAUCAAUAAAAUAUGUACUCCGUGCAGGUGACGUCAGCGAGAAGAAAAUCAACAGUGUCUGUAUCGUCUUCUCAACUGCAACCGGGAACUUCCCAGUGUCGUGAUAGUGAAGUAUUGUUUAAUGUCCGCAGGAAAUCUAUUCCAGUGAGAAUAAUUAAUUACGUUAAAGAGAAAUUUCAGUCGCAAGAUACCGCCGAGGAUGAUGAGCUUGAGGAUGAGACGGACGUUUUAGGGACUUCUGGAGCUUCGAGUAUUCCCUUAGGUCGACACCGCCCCGAGGAGCUGACGACCCUGGCCGCGAAUACCCGGUUUACCCGCAAGGAGAUUCAGUUGAUUUACCGAGGGUUCAAGCAGGAGUGUCCCACUGGACUUGUCGAUGAGGAGGGAUUCAAGCAGAUUUUUGUCCAAUUUUUUCCACAGGGUGAUGCAAGCCAGUAUGCUCAUUACGUAUUCAAUACAAUAAAACGAAAACAAUCUGGAAAAAUAAGUUUUGAGGAAUUUUUGACGAUACUAUCAAAAGUAUCUCGUGGAUCAGUUGAAGAGAAGCUUCAAUGGGUAUUCGGACUCUACGACCUCGACGGCGAUGGACUGAUCAGCAAAGAAGAAAUGCUAGAUGUCGUUGAAUCCAUCUACGAAAUGCUGGGCCGCUAUACUCAGCCUCAAAUUUUGGAGCCACAUGCAGCAGCUAAAGAACAUGUCGAGCGAAUUUUCCAUUUAAUGGACGCCAAUAAAGAUGGCGUUGUAACAAUCGAAGAACUAGUGCAGUGGUGCUCAAAGGACGAGCAGUUACUUCAGAGUCUCGAUACUCUUGACACAGUAUUAUGAAAUAACAAAUAAUCUUAAAUAUCAUUAAAUUAAUUAAGUAAAAAAUUUUUUUUAUACUUUUUUUUUAAAUUUUAUUUUAAAAACCAAAAGGCUAAAAGAUUUAUCAACAAUCUAAUUUAUUAAAACUGGCUUUACUCUAUUUUCUCUUUUAAAUUUUUCGGUCGAUAAUUCAAUGACGUAUUUUUCGAAUCUUUGAUCUUUGAAACUUAUAAACAUUCUUCUCUAUACUUUGACUUGAAAAUGUUUUAAAGCAAAGUGCCACAGAUUAAUAAAUAAAUUGAAUUGUUUAUUAUAUUAUACGGAUAUAUAUAAAAUAUAUAUUAUAUGAUGCAAUAAUGAUGAAGUGUCAAAAAAUAAAAAGUAUUGUUAAUCAAGUCUGCACUGCACACUGAGAAAGAUUUAUUUUGCUGUUAUUGGAUACAAUUUUUCUAUGAAUAUAUUCAUAACUAUGUAAUUCAUUUUCUCGUUAAAUAUAGGUACUAUUUCAGAUUUUCAGAAUUAUCUAAUUUGUAAGCAUUUGAUUUCCAGAAAUUUGGAAUGAUUACGUGUAUUUUGUGAUUAGAGAUAUUUUUUUUAGCUCUAAAAAAAUAUUUCAAUUUUCAAACAUAAUCAUAAAAUAUCUACUUUACUAAAAACUGAGAAUGACAAAACUGUUUACUCAUAAAACGACUUACAAUUAUUUCAAUUUUCGUGAGUAAAUUAAUUUUUCACGAAGACUAAUUUUAAAAUGUUUAUUCCAUGAAAAAUUGAAUUAUUGUAUUUCUCAGUGUGAAUUAAUUAAAAAAAAUAACGAAAAAAUAAUAUAAAUAAAACUGUACCCCAGUGUCUUUCAGAAACGCCAAAUUGUUUGGCGAGUUCAUUACAAAAGAAGAAAGAAAAAUUAUAAGCAAAAGCCAAACUAAUGCUGUAGCUUGAGAAAUUAUAGAUUAAUUUUUUCUUGAAGAGUAUUUUAACAAUUAAAUAAGAAGACUACUCCGUAAAUUUUUUUUUUUCAAGUUCGAAUUUUUUGAUGUCUUAUGACUUUAUUAAUUAUUUUUUUCGUUUUGCAGGCAACUUCAAAUGCUUUAACAUUAUCGGAGCACUUAGAUCUUUAAGACAAUUAUUCUAAUAGAAAAACUAUCUUGAUUCAAGAAAAAUUAUUU